GUCAUAGUAAAUAGAAAUUGAAAAAUAAUAUAGUUAGGGUUUCACGCGAUCUCAAUCUCACACACACUCUCUCUCCUCCCUCUAUCGUUCCCUCCACCGUCCCCCGCUUCUUUGCCGGCGACGCCACCCUAUCGCCGGGAACUCUGCAUUUUCCCUCAUUUCCCCUUCAACAUUUGUAUUGAAUCAUUCUUCUCUCUCCUUAUUUUCCUUUUGAAGAUCUGAAAUUGAAUCCUACACUCUCUGAUUCAGAUCCUUUUAACCUGGUAGAGAAAGCUCUUUUUUCUCAAAUUCCGUGUGUGAGAAUAAAGCUCCUGUACCUGCAUAUUGUUACUCAACAUUCAGUUAUCGAAUUAUGGACGAUGGAAUCUCAAGCUUUUGGGGUCCUGUGACGUCUACCAUUGAGUGUUGUGAGAAUAACUAUGUUUACUCAUCUUACAUUGCGGAGUUCUUCAACACUAUUUCAAAUGUUCCAGGCAUCAUUUUGGCACUUAUAGGUCUUCUAAAUGCCCUGAGACAACGUUUUGAGAAGAGGUUCAGUUUUCUUCACAUGUCCAACAUGGCAUUGGCAAUUGGUAAUAUGUUGUAUCAUGCCACGCUGCAACGUGUGCAUCAACAUAGUGAUGAGACACCAAUGGUGUGGGAAAUGCUGCUUUAUCUCUACAUACUCUACUCUCCAGAUUGGCACUAUAAGAGCACAAUGCCGACUUUCAUCUUUUUCUAUGGUGCUGCAUUUGGUCUUGUUCAUCAUCUAGUUGGUCUUGAUAUUGGGUUUAAGUUACACUAUAUGUUACUGUGUCUUCUUUGCAUACCUCGGAUGUACAAGUACUAUAUCCACACCAAUGAUGUCUGUGCUAAAUGGCUGGCGAAGUGGUACUUGGUAACACUACUUCUGGGUAGCGUUUGUUGGUUUGUGGAUCAUGAGUUCUGCAAGAAAUUUUCUAGUUGGGAUUUUAACCCUCAGGGUCAUGCCUUGUGGCAUGUUUUCAUGGGUUUCAAUUCAUAUUUUGCAAAUACAUUUUUGAUGUUUUGUCGGGCGCAGCAAUUAGGAUGGAAUCCCAAAGUUGCCCAUUUCACGGGGUUUCUCCCUUAUGUGAAGAUUGACAAACCGAAGACCCAAUGAAAACAAGUUGUAAUGUGAAGAGAAGAAUAGACUUAGAAUAGCUGUGUGGUUUUGGCUUCUUCAAUUAAUAUUUUUUUGUAGGCAUUUUCCCAAGAGAUGUAAAUGAUAAUUUUGGUUUUGGAUAUGAGUGAGAAUAGUAAAUGUAGAAUCUGAGUGCAUGAUCACGUGUACCAUAUUUAAGUAAUUCCUCAGUAGCAACAACCAGUUUUGGAGUUGCCUUUUUGUUUGCUGCCAACUCUGGUUUGUAGUACCAGAGUGUUGGAAUGGUCAUGAAUUUUCGCUGCUCA